CACACACACACGUACUGCACACAUGCAGCGUGCUCAGGAUGACACAGACGAGUACAGUAUUGAGCAUUUUCGUCUUGUUUCUUCACACCACUUUUGGGGAAAGUGGUUGCACCUCAGCAGAUGGUGAUGGGACUUUUGGAGAUGAUGAACCUGACAAUUUUGAAAUCGACUGCUUCAGCCAGCUGGAAUUUAAGGAUUCCUAUAGCAGCCUGACCUGCAAUUUUACCGAGCUGCCUCCUCACAACACUAACUACACACUGGCCCUGUGUACCAAAGAAGACAGCAAUUACUUGUGCUUCAACAUGGAGAAACAGGAAGAUGCGUAUUUCUUACAAUUCACUGAUAUACUCUCAAAUAAAGACAUUUGCAUGGACUCUGAGAUGAAGAGAAGGGUCUGCCGGAGUCUGGUUGUAACUGACAUUGUUAAGCCUGAAGUACCAUUCGAUUUAAACAUCACAUACCAAAAGGAGGCAAAUGAGUAUCUUAUUCAUUAUAGUACACCACACUCGUGGAAGAAAUACUUAAAGGACAAAUUGAUACACCAAAUAGCCUAUCGGCAGGAAGAAGGUACUUGGAAAACAAUAGAGUCGCCGUAUCUCCAGGUAAAAUUACUGGGGAAAAACCUUGAAAAUGAUGCUUCGUAUGAGGUGAAAGUACGUUCGCAGCCCAAUGGAGAUUAUUUUAAGGGCACGUGGAGCGAAUGGAGCGCUUCCAAGAGCUUCAGGACUGCAAGGGAGCAGCACUCCACAGAGAACUAUAGCAGCGUGGUAGUGAUUAUACUCUCCAUCCUGGGACUCAUGCUGUCCAUUGUCAUGAUUGUCCUGAUCAUAACUUUUUGGGAAAACAGGAUCAAACCUGCUGUGUGGCCAAACCUUCCUGAUCAUAAAAAAACCCUGGAGCAACUAUGCAAGAAGCCAAAAAAUAAUUUUGAUAUAAGUUUUAACCCAGAGAGUUUUGGUAAUGUUCAUAUCCAUAAAGUGGACGCCAUUCGAGCAAAAGCUGAACUGGAAACUUUUCUGCAGCCAUCAGCUGCUCCAGAGACAAACCUUCCAGAAAAAUUUAGGAAUGGAUCAGACCUGAAGACGAUCCCUGCUAUCACAGACAAAAGCAACCUAAACUUGUCUGUGACUUACGGAGGAAUCUGGCCAGCUGAAGCCCUGCACAGACUCCUGGGCACCCGCCAGUUCACAGUCACCGAAGGAGACUGCAGCCCCAGCACGUACGAGGUGUGCCACAGCAACAGGGUGCCGCUGUGCGAUGAUGGCUUCAACCUUCCCUCCGCUCCUCCCCCAGAUCCCUCUGGCCAGCCCAGACCAGAGCCCCUAAAUGGUGACACCGUAUCCCAGACCCUGCCCACCAGUGAAAUCAGGCCACCGAACAACGAGGAAGCCUAUGUCACAAUGUCUAGCUUCUACAAAAUUCAGUAAACCUUACAGGAAUGACAGCAUACUCUUUUCUCUGACACAAGCAGGACCCUGAAGCUUUGUUUUGUUUUCCUGCGUCCUGUGAGUCCCCACCUCCGCAACACACCCUGCUAGCUGUGCGACGCUAUACCUGCAAGGAAGUGGGUUCUCCCACAUUUCAGUGAUAAGUGGCCUAACCUCAGCUCUCAGUAUGCCAGUAGCAAUCUCCACUGCAUCAGAAAUCAAACUUAAUUCAACCUGGCUUAAACCUUCAGGUCUGAUUAAUCUAGAGCAAUGACACUGCAGUCCUAGCUGAGGACCACAGCAUGUCUCACGGAAGUUAAUGAACUCUUCUGUUAACCUCUUGGUUGCAGACUUAAGUUCUUAUUAAUGCCUAAGCAAGAAACAUGGCAACAAAUUCAAGUUAAAUAGAACCCAAUCUCUUUUACACAGCGGUAGGUCAAGAGUAACUCCUCUGCAGUCAGUGGAAGUCCACAAGUUUCCAAAACGCCAGUAAAUGAGAAUUGCCAUCAAGCAUUAGUUGCCUGGGGUUUCAGGAGCUUGGUCACCACACAAGGAGUUUGCUGAGCCCCCAGGAGAAAAGUCACAUGGACUCACUUCAGGAAGAUGUUUUCUCAGACUGAUUUUAUUUUUUUUUUUUCUUCUUUUUUGAGAGACAGAUAAAGAUCUGCCCUGGAGCCAAUUUCAGGAUCCACAGGUACUUCUGCUAGAGCUAUAUAUUAAAGAUCGUCAUUAUUUCAUGUACUAGCAAUGUUUAGCUAAGAAAACAAAACAAAAUCAAUGAAAAGCAAAGUCCCAUCUCUUCCUAUAAACUGAAUAGGGACUGUAAAAUGCAUGAUGUUGUCUUUCUCUGCAGCUCUUGUGGAAACAUUAGUGUAGCAUGUAAGUACUUUCCAGGACAGAAGGGCUAAGCAGACUGUGUUUGUUUACUAGCAUUAUUCCCAAUGGCUGUGACUUCAUGAGAAUACUUUGAAUUUGGCCAGGCAAUGUUCUCAUGCAACAUCUGACCUUGGAAGAUGGAUGAAGCGUCAUGGAUCCUGCCAGGAUCAGAAGACCUACUCUUUUUAAAAAGUACCUUGUAAAUUGCCUGGAGAUAGCUUGUUUGUUUGGUUGGGUUUUUUUAAUGUUAUGAUGGAGGAAGGCAUCCUGUCCCUUCCCAUUCACCUUUCUCUGGACUCCCUGCCCGGCUCUAAGGGGUUCCCCACAUGCUGACACACAGAGAUGGCUGAACCACGCCACGGUCCCUUGGGGAUGCCGCGCAUUGCAGAGCAUGUGCUUGGAGAUAAAGCUGCUACAGCCACAUGGUUGCAUGACUACCGAGGUGUGGCCAUGGGAAAUCCAAGCUGCUCUGCUGCGCUCUGGGACUGGGGUUCACCUCACUGUGCAGUCUCAGUUCCUCUAGCCGCUUGAAAUUCUCCUUUACUGAAAUGUAUUCACAUCCCCAGAGCCGAAGGGCAAAAAGCGUCCUCCCACACCCUCAGAGCUGCUUGAAAUUUUUCUGACUGGUAAAAAUCACUGAGAUGUUGCUAUAGUUGAUGUAGCCUGCUGGGGAAAAACAGCAGUCCCAAAACAGUACUCCACCUUCUCUGCCUCCACCUGACAACAGGGAAACCUUCAAAUGGGAACAACCUUACAGUCCCUGCAUGCAAAGGGGCCGAGGAUUUGGCUCAAGGUAUUCCAGUGAUAUUUUACAGAAUGAGUUUUAUUGCUGUUUCUCGUCAGAUGAAACAUUGAUUAAUGCAGUAGAAAAGGAUGAAAGCCCUGGACAUUCAUUUGCUUUGUAAUGCUUGAAUUUCUUUUUAAAAAGAGCUGCUGGUAAUGCUCAUACUGUGCUGAGUUGCACAGUGUGAUUGUGGAUGUAGGCAGACUGUGCCGGAAAGAGAUCCUCCUCCAGUAACACAGAGGCGAACAAAAAGGAAGUAGCGGACGAAGCAAAAGCGCAUCAGAAAAAUCCUGUACAGUAUGUGCUAUGCUUGUUUCAAACUCACGCACACAUUUUUAAGGAUUACAAGGGAAACAACAAAUGUCUAUUUGCACUAUUUAAGCAGUAAGAUAACCACAUGUAAUAAUAGUCUUUCUGUUUAUCCAGAAAGGUAUACUACUCUUUAAUACAGGAAAAAUAGUAGAAACCUGAUGUUUGCUCUUUAGU